UGCAGUAGGUGAAGGUAGGGUAUGUGGAAUACGCUCGAGCGCGUACAUACGUCAGUUGCGCGAUAAGAGACAACGUUAGCUGUGCACCGCGACUAGUAUUUCCGGGGGGAAAGAAAAACAAAAAGGACGAAAGGAGCGAGUGACUCGGAAGAAGUCUUCCGAGGGUGUACCAUGCCAAAGGAGUACGGGAAUUAGGACGACAAAAGCAGUCAACGUCGACCUGGAACUGUCAUGGAACGGCUUUCGAGAGUGGCAUGUUAUUUUCGAUGGAUGAGAAACGCGACACCUCGUGAUACAAAUGAGGUGGCUGCCGAGGACAAGCGUAAGACUUUUGAGGUUGAACAGUAUCGGAAUGUUGGAUGCAAUUUCGAAGCCUCGAGACGACUUUGUGACAUUCUGGAGAGUAUUCUUCUUUGGGAGAACUCUGUGAACAGUAUCUCCGUCGUCAUCGUAUUCAACAUACUGUUUUGGGGUAUUAUUGUAUUAGAGGUUCGUGACUUUGCUGCAGCCAGUAGUGUUGCAGUGGUCGUUGUCCUCUGGUGCCGUACCUUGGAAGCCCAAGCUCAAAAAGAAAAUAAAGCAUUGGAUACAGCUGCAUCUGAUGCAAAGGCAGAACAAAUUGAAAAAAUAGGAAGAAAAAUAAAAUCAGCCAUUUAUAGUUUGAAGCAAUUGAGGAAAGAUCAACCAGGAGUGUUUUGUACUGCGGUAUGCUCGUUUUCUUUGGGCCUAUGGAUAAUUGGUCAUACUGUAAAUGGUGUAUUUCUUGCAUAUACAAUAUGUAUGAGCAUUUUACUUGGACCUGCAUUGUUAUUAAAGCUACCCAGCAAAAUGAUAUUGCAUAAAGAGUGGGACAGUGAAAUUGAAGAAUUUUUACCAGCAGUAACUGAAGAUAAUCUUCAAGUUCUUACAAGAGCAGGAGAAUCAGGGGAUCAAUCUCCAACACCAACAAGUGUGUUGUUUGAUGCUCAAAAUGAAUUUUUUAAUGAUGAAGACCUUAUGGGUUUAAAAAUGCCAUCACAUGAAGAGGGAAGUACUGAUGGUGCAGAAGUUUCUGAAUUAGAGCUCAGUGCUGAAGAAACUGAUGUGGAUGGUAUCAAAUUUCAAAGAGGCCAUUUUGAGAAAGGGUCAUCUUCUGAAGAAGAAGCAGAACUUGAACCUAUAUCAAGGAAAAUAGUUAGCCAUAGUGAUGAAAGUGGUAGCGAAUUUGAAAUGAUUGACAGUCAAGAUAUUGACAAUUUAGAUAUUGCAUGAGAAUAACAGAUAUGUGAGCUGUGAAGUUAUUAUUAUGCAGAAUAGAA